AUGCGCGAUAUCAUUAGUGCCUCCGCCGAGUCAAGAUGGCUGCGCCCAGGUCUGAGGAGGCUGGCGAGCGGCUGCGGCCCGGGAGGAGGAACCGCACGCUGCUGGUGCGGCACCUGCCCGCGGUGCUGAAGGCCCCGGAGAAGGAGGACUUGCUGAGGCACUUCGGGGCCUCGUCCGUGCGCGUUUUGUCCGACCACGGCAGGCUGAAACAUACAGCUUUUGCUACUUUUCCCAAUGAAGGUGCAGCAGCCCAGGCUUUAUCGAAAUUGCAUCAGUUGAACCUUCUUGGCCACACUUUGGUAGUUGAAUAUGCAAAGGAACAAGACAGUGAUCAGGCUCUCAGUCAGACAUCUGUAUCUAAAAAAGACAAAAGUCCCGAAGAACCAGUAAAAGAAGAAAAGGAACAAAAAGAUGUAAGCUGCCUCAAAAUUGAAAGUGGAAUUGCUCCUAGUCAUGGGUUAACAUUUCCUCUAAAUUCUUGCCUCAAGUAUCUAUACCCACCACCCUCCAGUGCAAUUUUAACUAACAUUGCUAAUGCAUUGGCAAGUGUACCCAAGUUUUACGUACAGGUUUUACAUCUCAUGAACAAAAUGAAUCUUCCCCCUCCUUUUGGGCCAAUUACUGCUCGGCCUCCCAUGUAUGAAGAAUAUAUCCCUUUGCCACCACCUAUUCCACCUUUGCCUCCCGAAGAGCCUCCUUUGCCUGAAGAAGAUGAGAGUCAAGGCUCAAGCAAAGAUGAGUCAGAAUAUGAAAGUGCUGAUGAAGAAGAAAAAGAAAGAUUUACAAAACUGAUGGAGCUAGCAACACUGCAACCAAAACGUCAGAAACCCACAAAAGAGCAUCGGGCAAGAAAAAAGAGAAAAAUAAAAGACUUAUUAAACAUCUCCUUAGUUCCUCCCACCAGUAAUUUGCACCCAGCACUAUCGCCUUCUGAUGUGUUUGAGCAGCCCCAGCCUGUAGGUCCCAAAAAAAUAGAAUUUCACAUUUCUGCUGACCCACCUGCCAUUCUUCAGCAGAACUUGGAUAAAGAGCACUUUGAAGUUGACGAAGUAAAUAAUGCAGGAUUUGGAAAAAUCUUUCCUGCUCCCAGUUCCAAUCAUGCAGAGGAGAUGGAAGAUGAUGAUGAUGAUGAAAUACCUUCAGAAUUCAUUUCUAAAAGAGAACUAGAAAAAGGCAGAGUAUCAAAGAAAGAAAUGGGAACACUCUCUGUCUUCAGAAACUAUGAGCCUGGUGAUCCAAAUUGUAGAAUAUAUGUGAAAAAUCUCUCUAAACAGGUUCAGGAAAAAGACUUAAAGUUUAUUUUUGGAAGAUAUGUUGAUUUUUCAUCAGAAGUUGAACGAAUAAUGUUUGAUAUACGCUUGAUGAAAGAAGGCCGUAUGAAAGGGCAAGCAUUUAUUGGAUUACCUGAUGAGAAAGCGGCUACCAAAGCCUUGAAGGAAGUCAAUGGAUACCUUUUGUUUGAUAAGCCCAUGGUGGUUCAAUUUGCUCGAUCAGCAAGGCCUAAGCCAGAUGCCAAAGAAGAAAAAAGAAAAGACAAGUCGAAAAGAAAUUAAAGGCAUUCUAAAGAGAAACCUGUAACAGAGAAUAAAAGGAUUAAACCAUAUUCUGCUGUUCUUCUUUAGAAACAUUCCUGCGUAAACACUGCAGUAAUACUCUCAUGCAAAGUGUAUCCUUUCUCGCUGUAUCCUUUUUUGUGUAUUUUUUUCCUGUAAAAAUUCUAUUGACACAAUUUCAGUAAGCCAUGUUCUUGUUAUUUAACAGGAUCCCUAAAAUAGGAUUGAACCACUGAUAGAAAUUACAACACUAUGCUAACCUCUAGGGCAAUGGUGCUCAACCUGUGAGUCCCCAGAUGUUUUGUCCUUCAACUCCCAGAAAUCUUAACAGCUGGUAAACUGGCUGGGAUUUCUGGGAGUUGUAGGCCAAAACACCUGGGGACUCACAGGUUGAGAACCACUGCUCUAAGGUGACCUUGGAGAACCUUUUUUGUGUCCUGCAUUCCCUACAUUUUUGAAAAGUUUGUUAAAUGUGGAUCUGCAGGGUCACUUUUCCUAAUCCUGCUAUUGAACAUCCUGGAGUAAAGUGUAACUUUUUUGUCCCUUUCAUUAAUUAAUCCUAUUUUGGCUAUCAGACAUUCAGCCAGUAUAGACCGCUCUGCUUACGUUGCUAGAGCUAAAAUGCUAUAUAAUGACUGAAUACCUGAAUUCAAUGAUAUAUACAGUCUCCCAAUAGGGUGGUGUCUUAAUAAAGCAAAUGAAAGCUCUGUGGUUUAAGAUUUUAUUUAAUAAAAACCAACCUUUGACUUUUUUCCCUCUUGUAUUUUUUUCCAUAUCAGUUUGGAAGCAGGAAUUGAAGCUGUAUUCUAUAAACACUCGUAACUGGAAUAGCUACCUUCCGGUUAGCCAUUCUAGACUGUCUCUAAUUUGGACCAAGACGGUUCUGUUUAUUAUACAAUUCUGCAAAUUCUCUCAGUCCUAAGGACGUUCUUAGAAUUGGAUCCAGAGUUGCCUUCCUGUGCGUCGAAGGCUCAGUCUCCUCCCAUAAAGGACCAGUCCAGGGGACACUCCUCCUUGAAGAGAGAAUGAAGCUUUCAUUGAUUUCUCUCUUUUCUGUGCUGUUCGGAAAGCUCCCACAACUCAAGGGAAAGAAUUCUCCCAGUGAAAUCAUACUGUUCACUCCAAUAAUUCUGGAUCCAAACUUUAAAUUUAUGUCUAUAAAUACAUCUAGGUUUGCUAGCAGAGAAGUUUGUGUACACGUUUAAUGUGCCUUUAAAUCAUUCCAGGUUCGUUUUCAAUGCCAUGUCUUUCAAGCUUGUUCAAGCACUGGAUAGAAGAUGCAAGAUGAGCUGGAUUCCUAGACAGUGUGUAAAAGUACGGAAAACACAACAUAUGUACAUAUGCUUUUAAACAAUGAAGGCCUUCUAAUGGGUGAAAUAGCUGUGGAAUGUGUAAUAAUUAAAAAACUAAUAAACUGCUUUUCCAAUAA